UGAUCCAUUCUGUUGGCCCGGGGACGGCCAUUUCCUGGGCUGGGUCCCACCUCGGCUCCUACCUCCCACGGUGGGGCCCGGUGGAGGAGGGAGAGCCAACGCUUGCGGCUGUUCUUCUCCUGAUCGCUGCCUGCGCCCUCCGUUCGUCGUUGGAUUUUACCUUCCAAGGUGUCCCUUUGAUUCCUCGCCGUCUCUCUCCUCUCUUCUUCCCUCCACCUAGAGAAAAGGAAAGAAGUUUCCUUUUGGGUCUUGGUGUCGGUUUCAUCUGUCCGCAGGGUCCAUUUAUUCGUCCCCAUCUCGUUGUUUGUUUGUGUAAUUACACAGAGAGAAGGAGCUAAGGUCGCCGGAGGUCCGGCGAUCUUAGCGCCACCACCACCGGCAGGGUUUAAGAAGGGGAGUGGUAUACUCAUAAUAAUAGAAGAAAGAGAGGAUGAGAAAGAAGAUGGGGCGGAAGGGGAAGUGGUAUGUUACCGUCAAGAAUAUUUUCGGCUCUGAAUCCAAGGAGAAGAAAGACCAGAAGCCCAAACAGAAGAGAAUUUGGAGAUGUGGGAAAUUCGGGGAUUCCGAUCGGUUCGACUCUGAGCCGUUCGACAGUUCUGCUCGGGAGGCGCUUCCACCUCCCCCUCCUCCUCCUCCGCCGCCGCCGCCGCCGCGGCCGCGGCCGCGGCCGCCCCCGCCACCUCCGGUGGCCGUAGAGGUUAAAAGGCCGGACGUGGAGAGCGAGCAGAGGAAUCAUGCCUACUCCGUGGCGCUCGCAUCUGCUGUUGCGGCGGAGGCUGCUGCUGUUGCGGCUCAGGCUGCUGCGCAGGUCGCUCGCCUCACCGCAUCAUCAAAGUUUGCCGGUAGAUCGAGGGAAGAGAUUGCGGCCGUCAAGAUCCAGACUGCUUUCAGAGGUUACAUGGCAAGGAGACAAUUGCGGGCCUUGAGAGGAUUGGUUAGAUUGAAAACACUGGUUGAAGGAAACACCGUCAAGCGUCAAGCCACAAACACUUUACGCUGCAUGCAGACAUUGGCAAGAGUUCAAUCACAGAUCCGUUCAAGGAGAAUCAGGAUGACAGAGGACAAUCAUGCUCUUCAGAGGCAGCUGCAGCUCAAAUGCGAAAGGGACCUUGAAGGAUCAAAGUUGGGAGAGGAAUGGGAUGACAGUCUUCAGUCCAAAGAGCAAGUUGAAGCAAAUUUAUUGAACAAGCAGGAAGCUGCUGUCAGAAGAGAAAGGGCACUUGCUUAUGCAUAUUCCCAUCAGUGGAAGAGCUCUUCACGAUCGGUGACCCCAACAUUCACAGACCCCAACAAUCCACACUGGGGUUGGAGCUGGGUGGAGCGCUGGAUGGCGGCAAGGCCAUGGGAGAAUCACACCAUGUCAGAUAAAGACCUGAAUGACCACACCCCAGUGAAGAGUACCUGCCACAACAUCACAGGGGAUACAAACAAUGCCUCUGCUCAUCGAGACAGCACCUUGGAGCGAACCCCACCCACAGCACAGAAACCAAGCCGCUCUGUCAGCCGGCAGCCACCCUCAACUCCACCCUCCAAGACAUCAUCAGUAGCAGGGAAAUCAAAAUUGGCAACUCCAAAGAGUGGUCGGGGCCACUUAGAGGAUGACUCAAGGAGCAUACAAAGUUUGCACUCAAACCAGCCACCUAGAAGGCACAGUGUUCCAGGGUCAUCAAUAAGAGACAACGAGAGCCCAGCAAGUUCUCCAGCCACUCCUAGCUACAUGGCAUCCACAGAAUCAGCAAGGGCAAAGUCCCGUUUCCAGAGCCCAGCAACAUUGAAUGAUAAUGUUGAAACACCAGCGAAGGGAUCCUUGAGUUCAGCAAAGAAGCGCUUGUCAUUUCCGGAAACAGAUGAGUACAGCAUGUCAUCCCCAGGAGGCGUGAGAAGGCACUCAAGUCCUCCAAAGGUGAAUAUUGCCCCACCGAAGGAUAUAGUUGUUGGCUCUGAGCAGAUUUCGAGCAGUGGAGUAAGCAGGUAGCCUGUUCAACCAGCACAUAUACAGAAGAGCAUGGAGGAAACUACCGAUACAGCUAUUUGUUUAUUGCACUUUUAAAUUAUUUAGUGGGAUUGUUUUUGGUUGAGAGCUUGCUUUAAAAGUGUUGGGUUCAUGUGUUGUAUUGGCUUUUGAUUCUCUUUUAUGUAUGUGUUUUUUUCAAAAAAAAAAAAAGCCUUUGGUUCUGUUUGUGUAUGUCUUUCUACAAAUGAGGAGUGUAUUGGCUUUUGAUCACAGAGCGUGCAGGAUUGUGAGGUACCUUGUCUGACAUUAGUUGUUGAAUGAAAGAGGUAAGUGUCUGUAAAUUUUCU